UAAAAGCAAAAUUGCCUUGAAGGAUGAAGCACAGCAGGCAGGGCAAGACAGGACAAUGAAAGCUUGGAAAUUUUGCUCACUUCUGUAAAGAGAUUCCAAAUUCCAAGAAAGUUCCUCACUUGAAGAAAAAUCUUUUAUGCUACAGGGGAUAUGCUUUCUACAUUUUCUUAUUUAAUAUUUUUAUUGUUUAAUUUUAUAAAAAUACGUUUCGGUAGAUUAAUAAAGGUAUUUUGAUUAAAAAAUAAAAAAAAAACCAGGAGUUCUACGUAGAAAGGCAAGUUAAAUGGGACCCAAAUAGACAUCUGUUGGCUUAAAAUCUUCUACGGAAGAGCCAAAUCCCACGGAAGAGCCAAAUCCCAAGCUCUGAGAAGCAUUGAUUGUCCCGUCAUCACUCUGUAACCCAAUAGCCAACGCCAACAAAUUAUCUUCUUCUUUCUUCCCUUGUAGUUGAAGACCAGAAACCAAGGUACAAGGAAAGAAAAACUAAGAGAGACCUUGAUAUGUUCGAUUCUUGAUACUUCAAGCUCCUCUCCAAUGGAAAAAAAGAAAGACUACAGUAAUAAGGAUGGGAAGAAGGUGAUGGAUCGGCUUUUGGAUGGCUUCUCUCCAGUUUCUACACCUAGGAUCUUUUGGAAAUCUCGAAGGAGAUCAGAAUGGUAACUUGUUUCCAACAGCUAGCGGGAGGAGUUUAGACAAGGUAACAGACGAUACUGCGAAUGAAACUCCCAACAAACAGGAAGAAUUUUCCAAUGAUGAAAAGAUGCAGGAGGCCAAUGCACUUACGGAACUUUCAGAGCGGCGAAAGGCUCUCUUUGAACCAUUGGAACCUGUAACAAAUAUCAAUGGAAAACGACCAUCAGCUGAAUCCCUUCUCCCUCCACCUGAUUUCGACUCAACAAGCUAUCCCAAGGGUUGGCUAAUUGGAAAGAAGCGGAAGCUUGUUAAUGUAGAUGUUGUUGAAAGCAUGAGGAGGAUUGCUGUUCAGGAAAUGAACAGAAAGGACAGAGAAAUCAAUGGAUUAAAUGAGCAGUUGGAAGGGGAUGCAAGGUGUCUAGAACACCUGCAACUCCAGCUUCUGCAAGAACGAAGUAAACGUGCCGAGGUAGAGAGAGAGAACACUAUGCUGCAGGAGCAAAUAUCCAUGCUGAUGAACAUGCUAGAGGAAAAUGAACAAAUGGGUGAUGAAGGUGCCAGGGAUGAAGACCCUGAUGAACCUUAAACGGUAGCUUGAUUUUCUGUUUUAUUUUUUUGUAGGCUUGUUUGAAAAGUUAGAAGGAAUCACACAUGAAUAUAAAUAUAUAUGUCCUGAUAGUUUGUUGGAGGUGGUAUUGCUAUUACUUUGCGCAUGAUUGAUGUUGUUUAUAAUAGUCUCAUAUUUCGUAGGCGUAUACACCGAAGUAAUUUGUUCAUCUGUUAUUGCCUUGGCCAAGAAUAUUCAAUAUUUUUUCUUCUCAA